AUGUGUUUAAUUUUGGAAAGACAGAGCCCCCCUUCUUUAGUCAUCAGCAAAGAACAAUCGCAAUAUCCCUGUACACCCCAUUGUACUUCUAAGAAGAGAAUCGGGAUCGAUCGAUCUAUCCUUCCCGGACGAUCUAUCUAUCUAUCUAUUCAUCUAUCUAUCUCAAACUGUUCAUAUCUAUCUCGUCUGUUUGUAUCUAUCUAUCUAUCUAUCUAUCUAUCUAUCUAUCUCAAAGGCGUAUCUAUCAGUUUUGACUAUCUAUCAUCCGAUCAUCGAACUGUCAAGAGAGACUCCAGGGAUCUAUCUAUCUAUCUAUCUAUCUAUCUAUCUAUCUAUCUAUCUAUCUAUCUAUCUAUCUCAAACUGUUCGUAUCUAUCUCAGUCUGUUUGUAUCUAUCUAUCUAUCUAUCUAUCUAUCUAUCUAUCUCAAACUGUUCGUAUCUAUCUCAGUCUGUUUAAAUGUGUUUCAUCUAUCUAUCUAUCUAUCUCAAACUGUUCGUAUCUAUCUUUAGUCUGUUUCUAUCUAUUCUAUCUAUCUAUCUAUCUAUCUAUCUAUCUAUCUUUUGAACUGUUCGUAUUAUCUCAGUCUGCUUGUAUCUAUAAAGUUUGA